AUGAAAUUCGUUGGCUUGGAUGUUUCUUUCUUCAUUCUUUCCACCCUCACUGCUCUUUGGAAUGCAGGAGCUCAAGACUCUUGUGCACAGCGAUGUGGGGAGCUGCUUGGUACCUGUUCUUGCCAGGUGACAUGCCAGUCCUUGGGGACAUGCUGUCCUGAUUAUAAGGAAUUCUGUCUUCAAAUUUCUCCAUACUCAGGAUCUCUUAUGGGAGGCAAAGACUUUUUGAUUAACAACACAGCUUUUGAUCCCUCUUCUGUGCUAAAAUGCAGGUUCAAGAAGCAAAUCAGAACCAGUGGCUAUAUUGACAAGGAUGGAAAAGCCCACUGCAUCUCUCCAUUGCUUUAUGAGACUGGUUUCAUCCCUUUUGAAGUUUCUACAGAUGCUGGGGCAACGUUUCCCUACUCUGGAACUUGGUUAUCAGUACAUCACAGCAAAGUUUCAGAUGAAGAAAAAUGCACGUUGGUAAAUGAGACAAAAUGGCAAUACUAUGGCACCUCCAACACUGGUGGAAACUUAACUCUUACCUGGACACACCAGACACUUGCAGCAACCCACAUCAACAUAGAAGUCUGGGGAUACCAGGAAACAGGUGACAGUUAUUCAGAAAACUGGAGGGGUGAAUGGAAAUACCUUUAUACUUUGGCAAGAGAAACCCCCAAUACAGGGAAAUAUUCUUUCAUUCCUGUACCUGCCGAAGGAAAUUACAGUACUUGGGACUAUGGAAUUUUGAGAAUUAUACCCAGCAACUAUUUUGAUGGGCAGAGCAACAUUCCAUCAAUCUGGAGCUCAGACCAUGCAUUGGCUUGGCACCUUGAGAAAACCUUCAGAAAUGACCCAAAAGCAUGGGCAACUGCAAAAUGUAUGGAAUGGGACAGAAAGGAAGAGUUGCUUCCAAACUUCCUGGAAGAGAUUAUAGACUGCCCUUGCACCUUGGCACAGGCAAGAGCUGACACUGGCAGGUUCCACACAGAUUAUGGCUGUGAUAUUGAAAAGGGGAGCGUGUGUACUUAUCAUCCUGGUGCUGUGCAUUGUGUAAGAGCUAUUCAAGCCAGUCCCCAGUAUGGGGCUGGCCAGCAGUGCUGCUAUGACUCCACGGGAACCCAAAUCCUCACACGCGACUCCACCGGAGGCAGCACACCUGAUCGAGGACAUGACUGGGGUUCGCCACCUUUCUUGAAGCCUCCUCGGAUACCUGGCUUUUCCCAUUGGCUUUAUGAUGUUAUCAGCUUCUAUUACUGCUGCCUGUGGUCUGAGAAUUGUGACUUCUAUAUGAAAAGGCGGCCCUCUAGUGACUGCAGGACGUACCGCCCUCCCCGAGCUGCAUCUGCUUUUGGGGAUCCUCAUUUCUUUACAUUUGAUGGUCUGAACUUCACCUUCAAUGGCCUAGGAGAAUACACAUUGGUAGAGUCUGAUCUCACAUCCCUGAGAGUGCAAGGGAGGACACAGCAGGCACACUUUUCCAAUGGAACUGGGGCUCAGGGGACAGGCUUGUCUGCAGUGGCCAUGCAGGAGAACAGCUCUGAUGUGAUUGAAGUGCGCUACUCUGAGGAUUUGCACCUGGAGGUCCUCCUGAACCAGAGGGUUCUCAGCUUCUCUGAACAAACCUGGAUGGACUUGAAAGGUCUCUUUCUCUAUUCUACACCUGAUCAGAACAUCACAGUGAUGUUCUCUUCUGGGGCUGGAGUGGAAAUAAGGGGAACUGGAGGAUUUCUGACCCUGACAAUUCUGCUCCCAGAGGAGUUUACGAAUCACACAUGGGGUCUCUUUGGGGUAAUGAAUGGCAAUCCAGAGGAUGACUACACCUUCAAGAAUAAAACCACCAUGUCAGUUCAUGCAAGUCCCCAGCAGGUGUUUGAAUUUGGAGCUAGCUGGGCAAUUGAAAAUGGAACUUCUCUCUUUACUUAUGACACGGAGUUCUUACUGAACAGUUUCGUUCAUGGGGACAAGCACAAUGCCUCCUUUCUGCCCGUGUUCUCCCCUCAUGAGGACCCUGCUGAUCCCCUGCUAGAAGAGAUGGUCUCACACUGUGGCUCUGACCCAUUCUGCAGAUUUGAUGUCCUGACCACAAGAAGCCUUCCAGUGGGAAGUUCCACAAGACUUUCCCAUCAGAAUCACAAGCUGCUGGUAGAACAUCUAGAGCCAGUGAUCUCUUGUGGCUGGCUGGAUCAUCCAACCAAUGGAAGAAAGAAUAAUACUAACUACCUGCUGGGCUCAACCAUCAAUUUCAGCUGCAAUGAGGGCUAUGAACUCACAGGAGGGUCACAGGAAAGAACUUGCCAAGUGUCAGGAGCCUGGUCAGGAGACACACCCCAGUGCAGCCCAGUAACAGGUAUCAAACAAGUAAUUGUUAUUGGCAGUGUAUUUGGAAUAGUCGGCCUUGCAGUCCUGGGACGUCUGGGUUAUUUAUGCAGAAAGAAGAGUGUCCACAAGUGAUAGAAUGCCAGAUAAAAUGGAAUCGAAAUUGAGUGAAUGGAAACAAAAUGGGGUUACGGCCCUU